AUGGUAAGUUUUGUUAAGGAUGAAUUCUUAGAGGCCGGCAAUUUCACAAAGAAUGGAACGAUAAUUUGUUACGAUUCUCCAGCAAUACAGAAGAACGUAUUUGAUGUUGUUGUAAUCUUGGAUUAUUCAAUCUUUAGAACUUGGUCAGACUUGAACAACAACGAUAGAAAACAGACCAUCUCCCAGCUAAAAAACUACUUUGGUCAAAUAUUAAACGAAGUGAAUAGCUACUUGAAAACAAUAAAAUCUUCUAAGAAUAAGUAUGCCGCAAAGUUGGUUUCAUUCUACAUUGCUGAGGAUAAAAACGAUUCUACAUUCAGCGAGGAGCCUAAUGUCAAAUAUGGUUCAAAUGAAAUAGAUUUACAGGCGGCCCGUUUUAAAUUUGGCCUAUGGACCUUUCAGAAAUUAACGGGCGGAGAAAUUCCAAAAUUUGACGUUGCAAUAGCAUUUACAGCGUAUGGAGGCGAUGAUAGAGACGCCAAUGGUUUUAGAAAUAUGAUCUGCACUGAAUUCGCUAGCGGUAUUGUAAGGCUGAGAGGAUUUUAUCAAACCGCAACGAUGACUGCUUAUUUGAUAGGAAACAUCAUGGGCAUAUGGGAAGAUGGUGUUGGCAAUGAGUGUCAAUCGGGCGACCGCUAUAUUAUGGCUGGAAAUUAUUCGCAAAAUGGGAAGGAAAAUUUUCAAACAUUUUCAAACUGCUCUUCGGCAAAUUUUGACGAAGUUGUAGAAGGUGCUAACAAAUUUUUCAACACCACCUGUCUGAGAGAACCUCAACUAAAGUAUGAAAACAUCACAAAAUAUCUCAAAAGUAGCCUGGGAAAUAGGUACAAUCUAGACCAGCAGUGCAAAUUCAUCUUAGGACCAGAUUCACAUUUCUGCGGAAUGAAAAGGGAUGAAUCGAUUUGUGAAAGAUUGUACUGCAUGGACACAAAGUUGAACGAAUGUAGGGCGUACACUGGCUCUAGAGCGUACGAUGGGACCAGGUGUGCAUCCAAAAAGUGGUGUUUGAAUAAGAAAUGUGUGGACGAAUUUUUAGCAAAGCAAGCUAUGAAGAACGCUAUAGUAGCGACAGAUGACGACGAUGAGCCCUCAAAACCAGGACCAAAAAUUUGCUACAAGCAAAAUUCAUCCACAAAUAUCGACAACGAGAAUGCUUCUAACAAAACUGGAAUUGUAAUUGUCCCUAAAAACGUCACCAUUGAAAUACUCGCUGUGUUAGAUCACUCGAUGUUUAAAAGAUGGAUGAUGUCUAAUAACAAUGAUAGAACUAAGGCUAUAUCGGACAUGAAGACUUACUUUGCCCACAUGAUAAACGAGGUUGAUAACAAUUUCAAGAAGAUUAACACAUCCAAGUAUGGGCACACGUACUCAGUCCACUUGGUUGAUUUCCUAAUACUUGAGUCCAAAGAUGAUUCUUCAUUCACUGAGAACCCUUCAGUGCAGCAUGCCCCGAACGAAAUAAACAUGACCGAAGCUCUUGGUGAUUUUGCAGAAUGGAUCGAAGUGAAACACGCUAGAAAUGAACUUCCAACUUUUGACGUUGCAGUUGCCAUCACUGAGUUAACAAUUUUUUUUUUUAAUUUUUCUUUAAUAUCUUUUAGAAGCGUCUGCCACAAAACAAACAUAAAACGCGCACAAAUACACGUGAUAAAAAGCAUUACAGCCAUUGAAGCACAAAAGUUUUAA